GAAAACACACAAACGAAGUAAAAUGUGUUACCAAAUACUCACUCUCCCAAAAUGACUUUCGCCGCCGGGCGCCUCCCCCCUCUCCGCCUCCCUCUUUCCUCCCGUACCGCAGCAGCAGGUUGUCGGCUCACCCUGGAGGAGCUGUGGGAUGCUGGUGAACACACCCUUCACAUUUCGUUGUCUUUUCUUAUCGGCGUUAAGCGAAAAGCCGAGGAGCGUCUAAACCUUCACCAAAUAUGUGGCGUAGCAGCGGCUGACAGCGUCUGUCUGAGGUAACUGUGAUGGCAGGGUCAAAGAUGUCUGUGCUGCUGGCUGUAGUCUGGGUCCUCUCAGUCGUGCUCACUGGACCAACCCAGGCCGGGCCUGAGAUGGACCCCUACAAAAUCCUGGGAGUGACCAGGACUGCGAGCCAGGCUGAGAUCAAGAAAGUCUACAAACGUCUUGCUAAAGAAUGGCAUCCUGACAAAAACAAAAACCCUGGAGCUGAGGAUAUGUUCAUCAAGAUUACCAAGUCUUAUGAGAUCUUAUCCAAUGAAGACAAACGUGCCAAUUACGACCGUUAUGGGCAGACUGAUGACACCCAACCGUACGGCAGUGGUCGCUAUGGUCAUCGCCACGACAGCUUUUACUUCGACGAGUCUUUCUUCAACUUUCCGUUCAACAGCAAGAACCACAGAGACUUUGCUGACAGCAAGUACACACUGCACUUUAACCAGUAUGUGAACGAGGUGGUGCCUGACAGCUACAAGAGGCCGUACCUGAUAAAGAUCACCUCAGACUGGUGCUUCAGCUGCAUCCACAUUGAGCCUGUGUGGAAGGAGGUGGUGCAGGAGAUGGAGACUCUAGGUGUUGGAAUAGGUGUGGUGGAUGUUGGCUAUGAGAGACGGUUAGCCAAUCACCUUGGUGCUCAUCGCACCCCUUCAAUACUCGGAGUCAUCAACGGCAAAGUAACAUUUUUCCAUUACGCUGUGGCUAAGGAGCAUCUGAGGCAGUUUGUAGAGGACCUUUUACCCCAGAGACUUGUGGAGCAGGGUAAAUAUCUGCCCGUCACUGACAAGAACGACGUGCAGUUCUUGAACAGCUGGCAUGAGCUCAACAAACCACAUGUGCUCCUGUUUGACCAAGUGCCUGUUGUUCCUCUACUCUACAAACUGACAGCUUUUGCUUAUAAGGACUACCUUCAGUUUGGUUAUGUGGACCAGGGCCUUUCAGAGACAGCCAAUCUGCAGAAACAGUUCAACAUUAACACUUAUGCUCCGACCAUGCUGGUCUUCAAAGAGAACAUCGACAAGCCUGCUGACAUUAUCCAGGCUAAAGGAAUGAAAAAGCAAAUCAUUGAUGAGUUCAUGUCAAACAAUAAAUUUCUCCUGGCACCAAGGCUGGUCAAUCAGAAGCUGUUUGAUGAGCUGUGUCCUGUCAAACAGUUCCACAGACGCAGGAAAUACUGUGUCCUGCUCAUCACACGUGAUGAAGAGACGUUUUCUUUUGGGAACCAAGCGUUUCUCUCAUUUGCCUCCACCAACACCAAGGAGGUUGUGAGAUUUGCCUAUGUCUACCAACAGCUGCAGCAGCCACUUUGUGACAUCCUCAUGCAGAACAAGGACAGUGCACAGUCACCACCACAGGUGGUGAUCUUGGAGAGGCGUAACGCUGCAGGGAAGGCCUUGUUUAAGCCAGUGACCGCCUGGAACGGCAGUGAAGAAGACAAACAACGUCUCGUGGAGGAGCUGGAGCGACUUCAGAAAGACCCGUCCAUCCUCACCCAUGACGCCAUGCUGCCUGAGCUCAACAAUGAGUUUGCCUCUAUGUUUGUAAUCCGAUGGAUCUAUGCAUCUUACGAUUACCUCUCUGAAGUCAUCGACGAUAUUCUGCAUAACAACUGGCGUGAGAUGAUGCCUCUUCUGUCCCUCAUCUUCUCUGCCUUGUUCAUCUUGUUUGGCACUGUGGUUAUCCAGGCCUUCAGUGACUCCAGUGAAGAUAAACAGACAAAACCAAAGGCUAAAGAUGGAACAAAAGCAGAAAAUGGGUCAGCAGACACCAGUACUUCAAGUCGGCCUCCCAAGAAGAAUUUUGUGGAGGUGACGGAGCUGACAGACAUCACCUACAUGAGCAACCUGGUGAAGCUAAGGCCAGGACACAUGAACAUAGUGCUGGUUCUCACUGACGCCUCCAAGAACAUCCUCCUCAGCAAGUUUGCCAAAGAGGUCUAUUCCUUCACAGGGAGCCUGACACUGCAUUUCUCCUUCCUGAAUAUUGACAAGCACAGCGAAUGGAUGAACACACUUCUGGAAUAUGCCCAGGACGCCAUGCAGAUCGAUGCUGACGAGGACGACGGUGGAAACCAUAAGAUAGACUAUACAGGCUACGUGCUGGCACUCAACGGCCACAAAAAGUACCUCUGUCUGUUUAAGCCCGUCUACACUGGGGAAGACCUCGACAGUAAGUCGUCUGAGGAUGAAGGGGGCACUUCAGCGGGGAGAUCGAGGUCCAGUUCCCGUGACGACCACCCACCACGCAAAUCCAACCGAUCCCGCAGCAUAUCCACCCUGCAGAUCCACCACAAACUGGACCGCCUGGGGUUGUGGAUGGAAAGGCUCAUGGAAGGCACUUUGCCUCGCUACUACAUCCCGGCCUGGCCAGGACUAGACAAGAUCACCCCCUGUAAAUAGAUCGAGGCAAGUUUGAAGGACGAAGUAUUUAUUGUUACGCAGAAACGGUUCCCCUUGUGUCCUGCUGAAGAUUGGCUAGAGCUACCUUUUUUGCACUUGAGAUAUUUAUAGUUAAAGAUGUCUUUAAAGUUGGGUCAAUCUUAGAAACUUGGCUUUAGUGCAGCUACUGUGGGACAGGUCCUUUAGUGUACCCCUCUGACACUCAUCGCAUGCUGUUUUCAAUUUUUGGUAGUUUAUUCAGGCAGAUGCUGCUGCUCCAGCCUUGUGAACAGAAAACAAAAUCACUGUGGCCACAUGAACUCUCCUGCCUUCAUGACCAUCAGUCGUUUUCACUUACACUGAAGGUGGCAGGGUAGCUACCUUAGUCUUCAUUGAUGAAAACUGUGAAUAGAGAUGCAUGUCUAAAAUGUCUUUGCCUUUUUAUGCAUCUCUGCCCAAUUUUUUCUUUUUUAUAGUUUUAUCUCCUGAAUGCUGACUCGCUUGUGCAAUAUAGCAUAGUGCUGUAAUGACAAUGCCUUUUACCUGGACCUCAGAGGUUUCUCCAUGUUCUUCCUUAUUGCAGAAUAAGAAAACACUUGUUUUGUUACAUGGAAACUGUUGAGGCUGUGGUUUAAAAUGUACUUCCCUACAAAAAAAAAAGUUAUUUAUCAGGCUUGGUCUAUUUAACAACCUCAGUUAGCCAGUAGCUUUAUGUAGCACUCAUAACAAACAGGCUGUCCAUUUCAUGUUCUGAAUGUUUUGACCGGUACAUCAUUUUAUCAUCUUGAAUUAUACAUCAAUAAUUCUUACACAUCAAAGUAAGAUCAAACUUAGUGUGUGCUUGCUUGGUUUAAUAACUUGUUUUGUUCACAUUAACUGUAAAAAUGUCAUUAAUAUAAUUUUGUUGGUACAAUGUCAUGUAAAUAUUAUACAUAAUUAUGUUAUCUAUAGGACCUGUAUAUUAAAGAGUAUGUAACCUGAAAGAUAAGGCAAAUGUUUUACAUGGAUUUAUCAAAAUGCUGUUGUUACUUUUUUUGUCUGUUUUUAGUUGUCAUUCAAAUUUUCUUUUUCAACUGAGUGUCAAAAAUGAUGUCUGUUACUGCCAGAUGUUUUAGUUUGUUUUCAUUAGUGCAUUUAUCCUCUUGUUCGUUGUAAUAAAAUACUUUAUGUUUAUUAAUUAAAACAUCAAAUUUUAA